AUGUCGGACGCGUACCUCGUCGACGUGCUCGACCCGUCCGAGAUGGAAGCCGUCUACCGCAAGUUCGCCCACUACUUUGUCCACGAGCCGGGCGAGCACACGGCCGCCGAGGUCCUCGAGUCCGACGUCGCGGGCAUCGAUCCCGAGGCGGGCGCCGACUUCAGCCUCAUCCUCAACAUCCGCACCAGCCUGCUGGAGGAGGGCAAGUCGCCCUGGAAGGUCCUCGUCGACUGGCUGCACGAGGACGACAACAAGCGCCACACGGCCAGGAUGAUGAACAUCGUCCGCGAGAGGCUCAAGGCCGUCAGGGAGAUGGAGGCUGCCAAGGACGCCAACUCGGGCCUCCCCAACGUCCGUACCCACUCCAGCUCGAACCCUCCCGCUUCAAGUGAUCCCGGCUCCAGCCGCACGCCCUAA